CCCGCUAUAUUUAGCUGAUAGCAUUAUCGGCUCAGGUUUUCUAGCCUGCAGCGGCGCGCGUGCACACACGCUUAAAUCCAAACCUCCUGGCAAAGUCCGGCGUUCUUUUUUCGGGGAGAUUAUUUCCAGGUCGGCUAGCUGGCGCGCGGCUAACAUUAAGAGCAGCGCUGCGGUCAGCUCGGCUUUCCUUCCUUCCUCGAGAGAGAGAGAGAGAGAGAGAGAGCGAGAGAGCGAGAGCCGCGGAGACAUGUCUUCUGACGAAGACAGGGCCAAGGAGAUUUUGAGGGGUUUCAAACUAAACUGGAUGAACCUCCGAGAUGCUGAGACGGGCAAAGUUCUGUGGCAGGGAACCGAGGACCUCUCCGUUCCCGGCGUGGAACACGAAGCUCGCGUGCCCAAAAAGAUCCUCAAGUGCAAAGCCGUUUCCCGGGAGCUCAACUUUUCCUCCUCGGAGAAGCUGGAGAAGUUCCGUCUGGAGCAGAAGGUUUUCUUCAAGGGUCAAUGUCUGGAAGAGUGGUUCUUCGAGUUCGGCUUCGUCAUCCCCAACUCCACCAACACGUGGCAGUCUCUGAUCGAAGCGGCGCCCGAGUCCCAGAUGAUGCCCGCCAACGUCUUGACUGUUGGCAAUAUAGAGACAAGGUGGCUGACGGACAACACAUCAUUGAUCAGACUACAAAACAAAUUUGCUCUUUCACGAUUGUUCCAUGUCAGACGACCGCAAUAAAAUCUUGCUUGAGCUUGCGUAGCUCAUUCGCUGCUGUGGACGUCUCUAUUCGUCAAUCGGAAUCCAAGCGUUCACCGCCAUCGACGUAUACGUCGGGCAAGAUCGUUUCUCGACGCUUGGAUGUGCGGGGGAAUCUCGCCCAGCUUGUUUGUGAAAUUUACUGCUCCUUUACUGUAAUGACCAACAGAUGCCUGUAGAUGGCAACGUUGCAUCUGACUGGAACAGAGAAUUUGUAUUUUUGUGUGCGUGUGUUUGUCACGGUAGGUAGUAGAAAGUCUGCUAGGAUCGUAAAAUGUACUGACGUGGUUCGUGGAGUGAAUGAUGAAAGCCAUGCAAAAGAAGCCACUGAUAGAGAAAUUGGAGGUUUUUUCUUUUCCAAAAGGUGAAAACUUCCUGCACCUUUUGUCCAGAAGCAGGUUUUUUUUUUUUUUUUGCUGAAACCAAUCCUGACCUGCUGCUGCUUGCUCAAGAAGGAAAUAGCGAGAAAGAAACAUUUGUUUAAGAGCAGAGCCGAGUGUUUCUUUUGUCAGGAAAGAGUCUAAAAAGGUCGGCAAUAUGGAAGUUGGUUAAUCGGGCUGCACAUCUUCCAGUCCAAAUUGCGACUCGUUUGAAAACGUGACUUCAAAUCUGGAGAGGAAACGACAAACCCCGGCGUGUCUGUACCGAGCAAAUGGACCCAUCGCGGGAUGUCGCUGCAUUGUUGUUUUUUUGUUUUUUGUUUUUUUUGUCUUUGUGCG